AUGGGGACCCUCGUGAAAUCACAGCUGGUGGCGGUUCCUCUCAUUCUCUUUUUCGUCAUCAGCUCUUGCACUGCCGCUCAUCCCUGGCGACGUGCUCUCGUUCGCGACUCCGGCGACGCUGUCUCGUGGAAUGCCGCAGCAACAGAGACGAACAGGCCCAACCCGCCUCACGGAAUUAACGCCAAGGCUGCGCCGUUCGCACAGAGGGUGUCAGAGCCCCUCGUGUAUUCUGCCAGAGGCGGCGCUGCUGGUUCCCACGCGACUCCGAGUUGGAGUCAGCACACUGCUGCCAGUCGCGUGGCAACCGACGCCCCUCACGCCGCUCGUCACGCCGUCCAAUACGCCCCAACCCCUGGAGCUUCUCGCGCUGCACGUAACGCCGUGAAUCAGGGCUCUCAAAGAUUUGGAAGCAUCGACCUCCGUGAUGCAGCAGCGUAUCAGCGUCGAAGCGGUGGUUCUCUCCAUGGCGGUGGCGGGAACGGCGGAGCAUUCGCCGACAACCACGCAUUCCGCGCAGCCAGCCCCGAAGACGUGGCGAUCCAUCACCGCUCCAGCGACGAGCGCCACACGCGCAAUUCCGCGCAGGGUGCUAAUCGCCUCGACAGCUAUCAGCAUGAUGAUGCAACGGCACAGGAGUGGGCGAACGAGCUGGCGUCCAAAGGGUGCCCUCUGGAGCACGGCGGAGCAGAGGGGCUCGGGCAGAACCUCUACUGGCUGUCACCCGCUGCUCUCACCCCCCAGGAGGACCGUGGGGCUGUGCAGUCAUGGGUGGAGGAGAAGGCGGACUGGACCCCCAGCCCCAUUCCCGACGGGUGUGCGGACGGCAAGAUGUGUGGGCACUACACGCAGGUGGUGUGGCGUGACACCACUCAUGUCGGCUGCGCCUCUGCUCAGUGCCCCGAUGGCUCCGGCAUGUGGGUCUGCGACUACUCGCCCCCAGGCAACUUCGUUGGCCAAACCCCUUUCUAG